UGGAGGGGACAGGUCUGCUUUUGCUCCUGUCAUAGAGAGUUGGAAGCGGAGCUCGAAGUGCCGUAAAGGAAAACUAGAACUGGAGCUUAUCAUUGUGGGACAUACACGCGGAUACCGAGCCCGGCAUGGAGCUAUAAGGGCUACUGAACUGUAGAGGGAAACGUAUUCUCGUCCUGGAAUUGGGGUAUGGGAAGCUCGGAUACCUGAGGGAGUACUUGGAGGCUUCGUAUAUUGGAGAAGUUCGAUUCAGCCCAGGAUAGGUGCGGAUACUUGUGUGUACGGAUGGCGGCUCCCCGGGAGCUACUCGGGCUCCUGCUCGCUAUGUGCCGACUGUGCGCGGUGCUCAGCAAAGUCUUGGAGCCGGUGACAUGGAACUCUCAGAACCCUAGGUUUGUGGCUGGAAAGGGGUUGGUCAUUUACCCUGAGAUUGGGGAUCGUUUGGACAUUAUAUGCCCCAAGAGGGAGCAAUCAAGGCCUUAUGAGUACUACAAGCUCUAUAUGGUGCGGAAAGACCAAGCUGAGUCUUGCAGCACUGUGAUGGACCCAAAUGUGCUGGUGACUUGCCAUCAGCCCGAAAAGGAGUUCCGCUUCACCAUCAAGUUUCAGGAAUUUAGCCCCAACUACAUGGGCCUGGAGUUCAGGAGACAUCAGGACUAUUAUAUUACAUCAACUUCCAAUGGUACCCUGCCUGGCCUGGAAAACCGUGAGGGCGGUGUAUGUCACACAAGAUCUAUGAAGAUAAUCAUGAAGGUCGGACAAGAUCCCAAUACUGUGAUACAUGACCACUCUACCACCCGGCCAAGCAAAGAGGCAGAUAACACUGGUAAAAUAGCAACGCUUGGACCCUGGAACCGUGUUGCAGAUGGGGUAGAAUAUGGCAAACCAGACACCGUAAACCAAGCAGAUAAAUCCUCCCCUGGAGGUGGGGUCGAUGGAUUUUUCAACUCCAAGAUUGCAUUAUUUGCUGCGAUAGGAGCUGGUUGUGUCAUCUUUAUACUCAUCAUUAUCUUUUUGGUUGUCAUGCUUAUCAAAAUCCGCAAGAGACAUCGCAAGCACACGCAGCAGCGGGCAGCUGCCCUAUCACUCAGUACAUUGGCCAGUCCCAAGUGCAGUGGCAAUGCGGGCACGGAACCCAGUGACAUCAUCAUCCCGCUGCGGACUACAGAGAACAAUUACUGCCCACACUAUGAAAAGGUCAGCGGGGACUAUGGGCACCCUGUCUACAUAGUACAAGAGAUGCCCCCACAAAGCCCUGCAAACAUUUACUACAAGGUCUGAGUGGGACCUCAACAUCUCAUCCAACUCCCUAUCUAUGGAGCGACCAAUCCAGCGCCAGGAGCACAGGCCAAAGGUCACUUGGCAUCAAGGGACUCUGGGAGAUGGAGCAAUAAGACUAACUUUCUCUGUUAGAUAUUUUUAUAUAGUUUGCCCUUUCGCUCUGCUCCCUUUCAAUGUCCUUGGAGGAGAGUGGGAGAUUGUCCCUGUUUAAAUUUUGCAAGGGUGAAAACUUAUUUGGCAUUUGAAGCCAGGAAAGCUACUAGGACUUCUAAAGAGAUGGAUCUAUGGCACAGCCUCGACCAGGGAUCUUUCAUACACUGCUCCAUCAUCCUGUAUUUUGUUUCUGGAUGGUGUGAGUUGGUGCCUCAGUCUUACCCUCUCUAAGAGGCUCGGCUCUUUGAGUACUCUUCUUUAACACUUCUACACAAACAUGCACACUGUCUUUGAAUCAGAAUACACACACCACACGCUACCUGUGCACUUAUAUGCACUUAAUUGCACACCUCUAAUUUAAUUUUCUUUUCUGUCUCAGCAUACCUACUUAUAUGCACUUGUGUUUGUACGUUGAUGUAUAUGUACAUGCAUACUUGCACACAGACCUUUUCACACACUGCAUCCUCUAGCAUUGUAAACAGAUACAUGCUUAUUCUUGUUCACUCCCUCACACACCGUGUUGACUAGUCAUGUUGUGCGGAUGCAUUUGCUUCUCAUUUGUCUGGGCUACCACAGCCAAGUUGAAGCAUGUGCAGUGUGUCGGAUUUUCUUGUAUAUGGUGGUCUAAACCAUCUAGUUAGACAUGCACCACAGAGGUGUAUACACGUGUACAACAUAGAGACACUUUCCUGAGAGCAUGUACAUAUAUUUAUAUCCUCAUUCCUUACAGGCACCAUCUGUGCACAUAUUAACACGCCAGGGACAGGCUCUCUGAAGGGGCACCAAGCAUGGAUCUCUGAGGGUUGUUUGCUACGGUUAUGGAUUUUAAAUCACCUGUCCUCGUCAUGUUAAUGUACUUGUGAACACAAAAAUCUACUGUAUUUUCUCUCAGACAUAGGAGAAGCACAGGGAAAUAUCUCAUAGGUAGGGAGCACAUGCCCAAACUACCUGCCUUGUUAGCCAUGCCUCUACUAAAUCUUCCCACACCCUGGGCAGCUUGUGCUCCUUUUUUACCUUCUAUGCAGAGUGUGAUCUAGAUUCCUCUUUGUGCUGAUACAGAGAUUAAGGGCUUGUGUGCUCUGCGCCAGCAGCUGUCUGUCUGUUGGAGAGGGGGUGUGAGACUUUCAGUCUCUAGUGUCAAGGAAAAAGGCCUUAAAAUAGAAUUUUAAAGCACCAUACACCAUGCUCCACCUUCAUGAUAAAAUUAAGCACUGUAAAAUAAUGAAUAGUUUUUAAUUUGUAUACACAUCCUAGUUGUGAGAGGGGCCUGCUGGUUUCAGAGCAGGUUAACAUACUAGAAUAUUUUUUUAAUGUAACAUAUGAAACAAUACUCUACCCUUAAUUUGCUUUUAAUGUCUCUAGUUUCAUAUUCAUUAUACACUUUUUUUUUUUUUUCUUUUUAAAAACAUUUCGCAGGUUGCUCCCCUAACCUGCCCAUGAUGGGGAGUAAACAAUAAAUAAAAGUAGCUAUAAAGAUGUAUCCUUUUAAGGCUCCAGUACUGGAGAUGUAUUAAAUCAUGGCCUUCUGGGCCAAGUGACUAAUGGGGUAUUAAACCUUUUCUUAUCUUCCUAUUUACAUAUUUAAGGCCCCCCCCCCCCCCCCCCGCUAUAGUUACAUGCACUCUGUCAGGCCCUGAGCACCCUGUAUAUAUGUGAAAUUAAAAGGUGAAAUUUAAUCUUAAAUUUAUUAGCACCUUUUACUUUUAUGAAAUGAUAAAAUUGAUUUUCUUCGUAACUUUAAGAGAUUAACUUUGAUAUUUUUUUUGUAAAUAAUGUGUUUUUUUUUCUUGAAAGGAAUUCUGUAAAGCUGUUUUGUAUAAACUCCAAAUUUAUUUUCAUUUUGUUUCUUAGUAAAAAAAAAAUACAUUUUUUCCAAAAAAAGGGAAAAAAGAGAGAAAAAAAUCCAAACACCCCACACCAUAUAUAUAUAUAUAUAUAUAUAUAUAUCUUUUCAAACAUUGUUUCAUGUUGCAUCCUUCAUGUGUAUUCACAGGAAAUGAAGCAGGCUUCAAAAUAUCACCUCACUGUCACCAGAACAUGAAUUCUAUUAAAUCUUAAUUUAAAGGAACGUGUCCUAUACAAAUAACUCCCAAAAUACUUUAGCCCUUAUUUUGCAACCUUCCAAAAUAACACAACAAAACAAUUGGUUAAAGUUUGGGUAAUCUCAGUACCUCCUUGCUGUUUUAGUUCUGUGCCAGUUGUUGAGUGGGUAUAUGUUGGCAUGGACAAGAUAAGUAUUGGGAUGUUGUGUCAUUUUUAAACAGCAAUAUAUGCUUAUUUCUCUACUUAAUUAUGGAGUUAGACCAUAUCAUUGGGCCUUAUGGAAAUGUUGCAUUUAUUUUCUCCUAGUAGCAGUGAGCUUUUUAAAGCACACUAGAUCUGCACCUUAAUACUUGUCGGGGUUGGCAUGCAGGUUUCAUGUUUGCACUUCAUUACAAGACUUGCUGAAAAUGAGCACCCCUGUUAUAAUAAGCAUAUAUUGCAUACAGAUUUAUAUAGGGAUUUGCAAUAUCCUUUUUGUUUUAAAUGACCCUACCCGGACUCCUCUUACUUUCACCACUUAGCAGAGUCCAAGUCAAGAAUUAUACCAUUCUCUAUUGUACCACCCUGUGGAGACCUGAGCAGUAAGUUGGCCCCAUAAUGCUUUGUAAAUGAAAUCUGCGCAAUGCUAAUAACAUUAACAAUGCACUGCAGUGUUACAAAACUGACCGUUAACAUUGGUGUUUCCAGGCAAACUGGGAUACAAAUUAUCGUUGUUGAGAUUGAAAUAGAACAAAUAAUAAAUGUAAAUUAACUUUUACGUAUUCAACAUUGUAUUUUAGGGUAUAGUAACAUCUGCUAUGCAGUGCAUUGUAGGUAUUUUAGGACUUAAGUGUGGGACCUAAUUUUAUCAUCUUACUUUCAUACCUUAAAAAUUGAUAUCUAACCUUAAUUACAUAUCAUGUUCUUCAUUACUUUUUUCCCUUGGCUGCAACAUGGCUGUAUUGUGUAAUAAGGCAAUGCCACUGUCAUUUGUAGCUAAGAGAUGAAUCCCAUAAUGUACAAUCUGUGAAGGAGUUAAAGAUCAGGGACCUGAAGCUUGCUAGUUACACAUAUUCUAUAUUUGCUGAUGAGCCUCACAACAAUCUAGUGCCCCAUGUUUUGCCUCUUCUUUCCACAUUUGGCUUUGCAUUGACACAACAUGGGACACCAUAAAAUAAGCCCCUUAUUUUAUAUGUAUUCUGUUUGUUUUUUUUUGUUUUUUACGUUUUUGGACUGUGCCUUGUAGACCCUGAAAUCUCGGACAGGGGCUCUAGCCCCAUCCCGCUAUGCACUCCAUUUCAUGUCCGAGGCCUCUCAAUCAGGACACUUCUCUCAUAUCACCUGAUGUGAGAGGCGGGGUUUGAUUCCAUCACUUUUGGGGGAGAGAUUUACACGCACACAUUGAGUUUUCUCUGUACACCCCGUGCUCUGAUACCACUUGUUUGCACGCCAAUAAUUAGGCGUUUUUUUUUUGUUGUUUUUUUGUAAAAAUUUUUUUUAAUCUUGUUUUCAUGUCUCACCGGGGACAUGUUUCUUUCUCCUCUGUUUCCUGUUGAAUACAUUUGCUCAAUAGCUCUGCAGUUAAACAUCAUCCCAUGUUCACGUUUUAUGCCUGGAACUCCAGUUCCCUGGAGAUAUGUUGGAAACCUGAUAUAUUGUCAAAUAAAGUUUUUUUCCUAUGGAAA